UAGGUUGGCCCUUCGCUUGCAUUCAUAAACGGAUAUUAUAGCUAAGCGUUGAAUGUACUAGCUACAGAUACAGUCAAGUCGGACCAUGGCGGAAGAAGAGGACACGAAAAUACGGAUUUUACAAAGCCUGCGGGGAAAGAUAUGUGAAGGCAAGAACCUGGGUCCGUGUUCGGGGCCCAACCGACAGCGGGACCUCUGCACCUUCUGCACCAUCAGCCUGGACCAGGAGGAGGUAUUCCGAACCAAGGUGUUUGACAAAAGCCUCAGCCCUUUCUACGGUGAGGACUUCUACUUUGAGAUCCCACGACCAUUUCAGUGUUUGUCCUUCUACGUAUUCGCCAAGGGUGUUUUUCAGAGGGACCUGCCUGUCGGGAAGGUGUCCAUCCGGAAGGAGGAACUGUGUAAAUUCAGUGGGAAGGAGCACUGGUUCGGCCUGCAGCCCGUGGACCCUAACUCUGAAGUCCAGGGAAAGGUCCACCUGGAGAUGCGUCUGAAUGAACUGAUCAUAGAGAAUGGCUCCAUGUGCCAGCAGCUACUGGUUCGGAUAAUAGAAUGCCAGGGCUUGCCUCUGAUCAGUGGACAGAACUGUGACCCGUAUGCCACUGUCUCGCUCGUUGGGCCUGCCAGGUCUGACCAGAAGAAAACAAAGGUGAAAAAGAAGACCAGCGACCCUCAGUUUGAGGAAACCUUUAACUUUGAGGUCACAAGGCCCAACAGUUACACAAAAAAGUCUAAUUUCCAAGUAGAGGAGGAGGACAUUGAAAAGCUGGAGAUCAAAGUUGACUUGUGGAACAAUGGGAAUUUGGCGCAGGAUGUCUUCCUUGGGGAGACGCGGGUAUCUGUCAAGAUCCUGCGAAAUGACCACAUUCACAGGGCCUGGUAUCUCCUCCAGCCUAAAGGGAACGGGAAGUCCAAGACGGACGACCUGGGCUCUCUGAGGCUCAACGUAACCUACACCGAGGACAAUGUGCUGCCAUCCGCCUGCUACACACCGCUCCGCACGCUGCUGCUCAAGUCCCCAGACAUUAAGCCCAUCUCGGCGUCAGCGGCCCACAUUCUGGGGGACAUCUGCAGGGAGAGGUAUGAGGCGGUGCUGCCCGUGGUCCGCCUGCUGCUCCACCACAGCCGCCUGGUGCCCUUCGUCUCCGCCAUCACUGUCCUGGAACUGGAGAACACUCAGGAGGCCAACACCAUUUUCCGUGGCAACUCCCUGGCAACGCGCUGCAUCGACGACAUGAUGAAGAUUGUAGGGCGGAGCUACCUGACCGUCACCCUGAAGCCUGUAUUGGAUGAGAUUUGUGACUCCAACAAAACCUGUGAGAUUGACCCGAUCAAACUGAAAGAGGGAGACAACGUUGAGGUCAACAAGGAGAACCUGCAGGGGUACGUUCAGAAGGUGUUCUCGUCCAUCACCCAGUCCAGCUCCAGCUGUCCCCCGCUCAUGUGUGACGUGUUCCGCUCGCUGCGUCACAUGGCCUCCAAGCGGUUCCCAGAUGAUCCUCACGUCCAGUAUUCGGCAGUCAGCAGCUUCGUGUUCCUGCGCUUCUUCGCCGUCGCCGUUCUCUCGCCACACACCUUCCAGCUCCGCCCACACCAUCCUGACCUUGAGGUCUCCCGAACACUCACUCUCAUCUCCAAGACCAUCCAGACUCUGGGGAGCUGGGGGAGCCUGUCCAAAAACAAACUGUCUAGUUUUAAAGAAUCCUACAUGUAUGAUUUCUUCAAAUCAUUCCAAGAAGACAAAUGUAUUGAAAAAGUAAAAAAGUUCCUAGAUGAGAUCUCCUCCAACGUCAGUAAGGAGUCCAGCGGGGUGGAAGACUCUGUGGUUCUCAAAGAGGGGGAGAUACAGAAGCGGGCCCAGGGAAGGAAACGCAUCGGCAAGAGGAACUUCAAGAAGAGGUGGCUCAGAGUGACCAACAGGGAGCUCUCCUACCACAAGCACAGAGGGAAAGAAGCACUCUGCAUUAUCCCAGUGAAGAAUAUCCGGGCUGUGGAGAAACUGUACGAAAGUGCCUUUAACCGCAAAAAUAUGUUCCAGGUGCUCCACAGUGAGAAGCCACUGUACGUGCAGGCGGGGAACUGCGUGGAGGCCAGUGAGUGGGUGGAGGUGCUGAGCCAAGUGAGCCGCUGUAACCCGGACCGCCUGGGCACCUUCCACCCCUCGGCCUACGUGGCGGGGGCCUGGCUCUGCUGCAGGAGCCUGAGCGACAGCCAGCCGGGCUGCAAACCCUGCACACCUACCUUGCUGGCUAACCUGCAGCUGGACAUCGACUGUGACCGUGAGACAGAGAGAAUCUUCUCCCUCCUCACCUCCAGCUACUCCAAGCUGCAGAAGAUGGAAGAUGCGUGUGCCAGCAUCGCUGUGUACCAGGGACCUCCGAGGGAGCAGGACGACUACUCCCUGUUCACCAUCCAGGACCCCAAGGAGACAUUCCACACAGUGCAGCAGAUCACACACAUCCUGGAGGAGCUGCAGAGAGAGCACGACACUCGCAGCGGCACCGCGCAGUACGGCAGCCAAGAGAAUCCGAUAGUUGGGAAGACAUCCUAACCAGUCUAGGUGGGUCUGUCUGGCCCGAGUUCAACACUGGAGCCCCAGGGUGGCACCGUCGGGAUUGGUACUGAGAACGCUGCCUGCCUCCACGAAUACCAAGAACGCAUUCCCCCAAGGUCGUGCUCUGCACCCCCUUCCCCGUCCACCACCGUGUGACUGGACGGACCGUCCAAUAGAGGAAGUUAGAAUUGUCACCUGACCCUGACCAGAAGCUCUCAUUGGUUCAGAAGAGGAGACCCUUAGUUGUUUUUUUUUAAUUAUCUUUCCCCGCCUGUCUCCAUCCCUCUCUCGUUCUCACACACCACUCCCCUGAUCAGAGGAGAAUGUGCUUGCUCUCGUCUUCUACUUGAUUUGCACAACAAAACUCAAUCAUUUCAUUGAAAUCUCUCCUUUUUCUACAGUUCGGUGAAGACCAGACAACACCAUUAGUUGGUGUGUGCGUGUGUGUGAAUAGGCUGCUAAAAUAAUCCCUUUUAUACACUCAAUGUUUUCGAUCAUCAACCAUCAAGAUGAAGCUCUCAAUCUCUUGGGGCUUCACUGUUUGACGUCUGUUUACAACUAAACAGCAAGCUGAUUUUGUUUAUCUCAUUUUCUAUAAAAGGGAAUUUUUCUCUCCUUCCUCCUCCUCUACCCACCUCUAUAUUUUGUGCUUUGAACAAAUGCAGGUGUUUCAGAGUACAGUGAAGUGGAUGAAACCGAUCUGCCUUAUUUUUCUUAAUGGAUGUAUGUGUAAAAGUCUCUCUCACAUCCAUCCUCGGGUUAGGGAAUAAUGCCCAAGCACUUUACACAUUUGGAAUAUUCCAGAUGGCAUCAUUUUAGAUACGUGGUAUCAGUAAACCCCCCCCCCCCCCCACAUUGAUCAGUUAAAUGAUCUCGUUUACGUUCUCGUUUCCAUUCCUGUACGAUGACGUUUAUAGCCUGUAGAUUUUAAUAGCUAUUUUUCUUACACCAAAGAUGAAAAUUUCGUAGGAUCGACUUGGGAAAAAAGGGUAUAAAUGUAUUUUGAAUACAGACUUUUUGAAAAUGGAGAGAAAUGCAGGAUAUAUUUAGUUCAUGUACAUUUUGGUAAAUGCAUUGUUCCUCCUUUUAACGAUGUAGACGAUUUGAUUGAGUAACGUUCUAAUGUUCUUUGGAAAUGCAGAGGGACCGUGGUCGGUAGUCUGUGACAACCGCUUCACCAUGUAGUGAUGUCACUGCAUAUCAAUCACCAUAAAUCACAACAAGAUAGACAAUCCCCUUCACUUGCCAAUCUAGCCCCUUAGAUAGUCAUCACUGCAUCACUGGCCCACAUUAACUGGUAGUCAAAGCUCAGGGAUGAUAGACGAGUUUCCCACUAGUACACUGAACAAAAACAUAAAUGCAAGAUGCAACAAUUUCAAAGAUUUUCCUGGGUUACAGGUCAUAUAAGGAAAUCAGUCAAUUGAAAUGAAUUCAUUAGGCCCUAAUCUAUGGAUUUCACAUGACUGGGAAUACAGAUAUGCAUCUGUUGAUCACAGAUACCUUUAAAAAAAAAAAAAGGUAGUUGCGUGGAUCAGAAAACCAGUCAGUAUCUGGUGGGACCACCAUUUGCCUCAUGCAGUGCGACAAUUCUACUUCACAUAUAGUUUAUCAGGCUGUUGAUUGUGGCCUGUGAAUGUUGUCCCACUUCUCUUCAAUGGCUGUGCAAAGUUUCUGGAUAUUGGCGGGAACUGGAACACGCUGUUGUACAUGUCGUUCCAGAGCUUUGCAAACAUGCUCAAUGGGUGACAUGUCUGGUGAGUAUGCAGGCCAUGGAAGAACUGGGACAUUUUCAGCUUCCAGGAAGUGUGUACAGAUCCUUGCGACAUGGGGCCGUGCAUUAUGAUGCUGAAACAUAAGGUGAUGGCAGUGGAUGAAUGGCACGACAAUUGGCCUCAGGAUCUCGUCACAGUACCUCUGCAUUAAAAUUCCCAUCGAUAAAAUGCAAUUGUGUUCGUUGUCCGUAGCUUAUGCCUGCCCAUACCAAAACCCCACCCCCACAUGUGGCACACAUUUAUAUCAGCAAACCACUCACACGACACCAUACACAUGGUCUACCAUCUUCCCGGUACAGUUGAAAACCAGGAUUCAAUCCAUGAAAAGCACACUUCUCCAGUGUGCCAGUGGCAUUGGAAGAUGAGCAUUUGAUGUCAAACUGCAGUCAAGUCAAGACCCUGGUGAGAAUGAAGAGCACGCAGAUGAGCUUCCAUGAGAUGAUUUCUGACAGUUUGUGCAGAAAGUCUUAGUUGUGCAAACCCACUGUUUCAUCAACUGUCUGGGUGUCUUGUCUCAGACCAUCCCGCAGGUGAAGAAGCCGGGUGUGGAGGUCCUGAGCUUGCGACGUUACACGUGGUCUGCGGUUGUGAGGCCGAUUGGAUGUACUGCCAAAUUCUCGCAACAACAUUUUGGUAGAGAAAUUAACAUUAAAUUAUCUGGCAACAGCUCUAGGGGUCAUUCCUGCAGUCAGCAUGCAGAUUGCACGCUCUGUGGCAUUGUGUAAUCAUCAUGCUGUUUAAUCCGCUUCUUGAAAUGCCACACCUGUCAGGUGAAUGGAUUAUCUUGGCAAAGGAGAAACACUCACUAACAGGGAUGUAAAGAAAAGUAUAAACAACAUUUUAGAGACAAGCUUUUUGUGCAUAUGGGAAAUAUCUGGGAUCUUUUAUUUCAGCUCAUGAAACAUGGGACCAAUACUUUACAUGUUGCGUUUAUAUUUUUGUUCAGUGUAAUUACGAGUUGGAGGGGCGUUCAAGUGGGUGUCCCCCCCCCCCCCCCCCCCCAGUCGUAUGUGGUAAAUGUCAAAUCAAAGUUUUUAUUUGUCGCACAGACAGAUUCGCAGAUGUUAAAGCAGGUCCAGUGAAAUGCUUAUAAAGGAUGCAGGUCAGAUAAGUCUAAUUUCUGGUGAGGGACCACCGAUUUAAUGUCCCAAAGUUGUUUUUGGUUGUAGGAAAUAAUACUACCUAAUUCUACCACCUUCCCACUUUGUUAUGAACACAACAUUAGUCCACAUAGUCGCACCGUUCUUUUAUCAUUUUAUCAGUCAACCCGUAGGAACGACAGUGUGUAAACAGUUGCCUAGAAACUUGAUCUUGGAUCAACAACAAGAAGGGAACGUGUAUCACCGUUAGUACAGGGUUAACCAUGUUUCAGAUAUAUUUUCGUUUGGCUUGUGGAACUAUUUGCUGUCAGAAGUUUUGUCUUUGGUCCGUCAUAUAUUCCCGACAUGCAUGUCCUGUAUAUUUAACUGUAUUUUUUUAUGAGUACAUUUUGUAUGUAUGUUGUUUUUUUAACACUGCAAAAAAAUCUGUGUUGGUGUGUUACGGCACCUUGUUCUUUGUCUUCAGUGGUACUAGGAAGCUGGCUGCUUUUCAUGUCAGAGUCUAAUGUUUGGUAGCUUGCUGCGGAGUCUACAUCUAUAGCUUAUGCAACGUUACAGAAUGUAACGUUGUCUGGAACACCAGGGUCGUGUUCAUCACAGCACACAGUGGAAAACUUUUUGCAAUGGAUAAAGAAAAUGAGCAUCUACCUGUUUUGUCUGUUUUCUUGCGUUUGGUGCCUAAAUGAACACAACCUAGGUUAGGUCCCACCUGACUUUGUUUGUCAGCGGUGUUGCUGAAGGCUCUUGGCCUCAUGGUUCUUGUCCUUUGUCAGCCUAUUCUAAUGUGUAGGUAAAGAUGUCAUCAUGAGUGAGCUUGUUGGUUCAUUGGUUGUCUUUCACCAAUCUCAAACGGUUUUCAAUCAUAAGGGAAUUUUCAAUCACCGCCUCAUCUCCUCACCUUAACUUUGACAGUCAGGUGUUUUAUCAUGAUGUAUCUUUAACGUUGAGAACCUUUUUUUUCUUUUUUUCAAGCCAUGAGAAACAGGCCUUGACUAACCCCUCCCCCCCCCCCCCCAAGGGAACAAGGAUUAUCAGAAACAUGUCUUACAUUAUCUCUGUGUGUGUAGCCCAUUUAACAAAACAUGGGAAGUCGAGUGAUGGUUAACAGUCGAUCCCUCGACAGGCCUUCAUGUGAACAGUAUCUGUGAAUUCAUCGCCAUGACAUAAUCAGCAGUCUUUUGAAUGUUAAAUUCAAUCAUUGCAAAGAGAAUCGGUUAUUUUCAUAUUUCACCCCUGUAAACCUACCAUUGCAUACAGGACUGGAGUACCUAUUUUUGUUAUUUAAACUUUUUAUUUUAUUUUCCACAACCAGAAAGUCAAAUCAUAUCUCCUGUUUUUUUUAUUUGUUCAUUUGAAAUAAUUUACAAUAAACAUGUUGCCAACCCUUUCA